UCUUUAAGAUGAAUUUCCACAAGAUAUUGUCGUCAUGUGCAGUGUUACUGUUUGUGAUCAUUAUGGCGAUGGAUUUACCUGAUACUGCAGUGGCACAGGCAGAACAACCCCUAUUUGAACUACCCGUCCAACUGGUCGGCUUUCCUGUUAUCAUAAUGGCUGUUCGCCUUACGAAUUUCGUAAAGAAACUUGCAUAUUCCCUCAAUCCACAAACGUAUCAGUCUCGCACUCGACGCUCCGUCGAACACGGGACGGAUUCUUAUGCAACAGUAGCUAUUGAUGUAGUUCAGGCCGAAAAGAGAAUCCUCUCUGAAUUCGGACCUAAAGCCUGCGUCCUCGAAGAACCCUGCCGGAUACAUGCCUGGAAAGCUGUACCGGGAGAACAACCCGACUGGAACGAUAUUUUGAGCAAUUACAAGAUUCACACUGUUGGAAUGCGCCAGUGGUACUUGCUGUCCGUAUUUCUGGGUGAUGUGAUAAGAAGUCCUACCCUCUGCAAGCAACUCUCCAAGAGAUUAGACUGCAAUCGAGCGAACCGAGAACUUGCGUGA